UCCUCACACACACACACACACACACACACACACACACAGCAGAGGUGAUUUUGACACCUGUUCAUCUGUUUUUUUCCCACUCCAGCCUGUGUUUCAGGCCUAGCUGACAUGGCAGCCAUCUAAUCAGGUGAAAUGAUAUUUGUCAAGGUGGCAGAGGGCUGUUAUAUGUGGGGAAAAUAAGCCCACAGUAACAGCAGAUCAUAUUGUGUUUCAUGGCCUACAUAGACAAGGCCCACCCAGACAAGCUCAGCUAUGUUUUAUUAUCACCUCACGCCUAUAAAUGAGUGUUCACAUGAGGCUGCGUCUCGAUAUUUGCCUUAUUCUUAUUGAAUGUUCACGUUUUUAAUCAUGUCUUCCUUGCUUAAAACACUGAGGCCUGUAUGAUAAUCACAGUGAUAACUUCCUCCUCCUGUUGAGUUAAAUUCACACACGUAGGCCUAUACGGCGCAAAAAAACAAAUGGCUGCCUGCUCUGCCAUUAUAUUCUCAUAUUUGUUAUGUGCUGUGAAUGGUACAGAUUACACCCUCUGCUCUUUGACUGACUGUCACGCACAUGCACACGGCAGCAGCACAGAAAGCAUAAAAUGUUCUUUGCUCAUUUACAACAUCUCUGUUUGUUGGACAUGCCCAGUGUUGGUUGUACUGUGUCUGCUCCAUCCCCCCCUGUACACCCCCAUGCAUUCACUCAAACACCCACACUUGCACAAAGUAUGUGAGCUGUUGUAUCUUAGCAACGGGCAAGGUAAUUACUGAGAGAGCCAAGGAGCUGGCAUGCUGUAGAGCUGCUGAUCUGAUCCCAGCCUUAGAGAAACAGGAAGGCAAAGAUUUCCACUGUGUUGCCCAACACAGCACUUCUGUAUCCACGCUGUUAAAUGUGGGGAGGUUGUGGACAAAGAGGAAAGAUGAGUCUGUCAUGUAGAAAAGAUCCUCACGGCCUCUCCUUGUAAAGACGAGAGAGCCGCGGGAGACGACGGCUGUAGGAGGAUCUGUAGUGUUUAUAAAAGGGCCCCAACCAGGCAGGCUCUCACGGAAGGUGAUAGAAUGGCUAACCAGAGCUUUGCCAUCGAUGGCCCCGGCAGUUUGCUGGCUGUGCUGGCUUCGCAGAGCGGAAUGGCGAGAGGCGGCAGCAGCAGCAGCAGCAGCAGUGACGGCAGCAGCAACAGUGGAGGAAUCUCUGCCACAGAUGUGUCUGCCUACUUUAAGCUGGUCUUCUUGGGUCUGAUCAUCUGUGUCAGCCUCGUAGGCAACCUCUUGGUCUCCCUGCUGGUCCUACGAGACAGGACACUUCACAAGGCUCCGUACUUCUUUCUCCUGGACCUGUGCCUGGCUGAUGCAGUUCGCUCCGCCGCCUGCUUCCCCUUUGUGCUGGUUUCUGUCCACAACAGCUCGGCCUGGACUUACAGCGCCUUGAGUUGUAAAGUUGUGGCAUUCAUGGCUGUGCUCUUUUGUUUUCACGCUGCCUUCAUGCUGUUUUGUGUGGCCGUCACCCGCUACCUUGCCAUCGCCCACCACCGAUUCUACGCCAAGCGCAUGACCAUCUGGACCUGUGCCGCCAUCAUUUGCAUGGUGUGGACUCUGGCUGUCGCCAUGGCGUUCCCACCCGUCUUCGAUGUGGGGACAUACAAGUUCAUCCGUGAUGAGGAUCAGUGCAUUUUUGAACACCGCUACCUGAAGACCAACGACACCCUGGGCUUCAUGCUCAUGCUGGCUGUGGUGGUCCUGGCCACCCACGGUUUCUACGCCAAGCUGCUGCUGUUUGAGUACAGGCACCGCAAGAUGAAACCUGUCCAGCUGGUGCCAGCUAUCAGCCAGAACUGGACCUUCCACGGUCCCGGGGCCACAGGUCAAGCCGCGGCUAAUUGGAUUGCAGGGUUCGGUCGUGGCCCCAUGCCACCCACUCUGUUGGGCAUCAGGCAAAAUUUACACAAUCAACACCGGCGGCUGCUCGGGAUGGAAGAGGUGAGGUCAGAGCGGAGGCUGGGCAGGAUGUUCUACACCAUCACCCUGCUCUUCCUGGUCCUCUGGGCUCCUUACAUCGUGGCGUGUUUCUGGAGGGUGUUCGUCAAGUCCUGCACCAUCCCUCACAGGUACCUCUCCAUCACGGUGUGGAUGAGCUUCGCCCAAGCCGGAGUCAACCCCAUCUUCUGUCUCCUGCUUAACGAGGACCUGAGGAAAGUGCUGAGAGCUCACCUGCCCACCUACUGGAGGACUAAACAACACCUGCCCCAGGAUGAGGCCUACUGCAUUAUGUGAUAAGAUAUGAGCGUAACGAAGAGAAUGUUUCAGGUUUUAAAGAGAGAAUAGGAGACUGGAAGUGAUGUAACGCACCUUGGUUGUGUCUGUUUUGUUGUUUUGCACAACAAAAUCAAAUUUCUUGCCAACAAAUGCAGGCACAAUGCCAUUUUAUUAAGAAUGUUGAUAUUUGAGUGGUGCAGAGGUUUGAGCAAGGCGACAGAGAAGCCCCGGUAACACUUUGUAUUUCUGAUGAUGUACUGUAUGAUUAAUAGGUAGGAAAGAUCACAACAAUCACCGCUCCAACUAAGUGUGACAGAUGCCAUUUUAAAAAUAAUGUUGCCUUAUUUCAGUGGGACACGCCCCAGAGCUUUCAACUGAGAAUGAGUUUGUGUGUCACAUGAGGCACAGACAGACACACAGAGGGUUGAAAUCCUUGAAGAAAUGUGCUGCGGACUGUGAAUAGAAAGUGUUGAUCAGAGCGUUACUAACUCUGAAACACAUCAAGGAACUCAAAAGGGUCUGAAUGGAUUGAUAGACCACCCCGGACGCCUUUUCAUGUAAUUCAAAGGAGGACUGCAGAAAUAUCGAAUGGACCCAAUAACCUUGGAUACAUUUAAAUAGCUGUUGUGAACCCAAGAAGCCCCUAACAUGCUUGAUUUUUUGGACUUGAUUUAGGGCGUGUCAGGUUUCUUUGUAUCAUAAAAAAAAAAAAUGCCUGUUUUCCUUUAUUUGUAAACUAUACAUGUUAAGCAGAUGACACUAUUUUGAAAUAUGACUUGAUUUCAUAUUGUACAGACUGUACAGGAAUGUAUAUUCCUGCUUGUGUGUUUUUAUAUAGCAUUUGUGUGUAUGUGUGUGUGUGAGAGGUAGACAGAGGAAGACAGGAGGGAGGGAGGAAGAUGAGAGAGAACUAACGAUGAUAGAAUAGGUUCCAGUAAUAUUGAGUCAAUAUGAAAGCAGCCUCAUCUUGGUGUCUCAAAAUCAUGCAAAAUUGAGCAGUCGUCAUAUGGAAAUGUAUCCUUUAACUGGAUUUCCGUAACUGAAAAUGUAGUCUGAUUUUUUCACUGUACAAGCAAAUGUGAAGUGCAGAUGGAUUAUGAAAAAGAGGGACAGAAUAAUUAGAAAACAACACUUUUGCAUUGCAAACAGGCCGGAGGAUUUAAUGACUUGAAUGAUGAUGUAAAUUACGUCGUUGAAAAAAAAAAAUCAUUAGCAAAUGAACAUUUAUUUGCAAAUGAUGAUCUUGGGAAUGUUUUUAAAGUACUGUUAUGCUCUCACCAGAAUACAAACAAAUGAAGAAA